AUGCGAUCAUUAUUAGUUCUCUUCUCCUUGAAGGAUGAAUUGAUGCGAAAGAUCUUUAUUUUAAUGAUAUUCUAUUUCGAUGUAUACCAACUAUCAUUAAAUAUUUCCUCUUGCCUUUCUUAAUUGUUGGAAUUUCAUUUUAAAUAGAGUUCACUUUUUCUUUCUUAAGUAGAAAAUUUGAUAAAGCUAUAUAGAAGGAUUAUUUCUUAAAAUAGAAUCACCUAAACAUUCUAAAUUUAGUUUUUAUUUAUUUUUCUAUUUAAUAUAGGAUAAAUUUUACGAUAAUAAAAAAUAAUUUUAGGUUUUAAACUUCAAAUCCUAUGGUUAAUUUACUUUAAUUGGAUUCCUGAUAAUAUUGUACAUAUUUGUAAAAUACUAUACUAAAUUUGUCAACACUAAUUGCUUUGGCUUUAAAUUUAUCUAUUAUAUUAGACUCAUGAAUAAUACAAUUAUUUAAAUUAUUGGGAUUAAAUUUUAUUAUCUCAAUAAAAGCCUUUGUAAAAUAAAUGGUAUAUUUAAUAAAAAGGUAUACUACAAUUGGUCCAUGCUAAUAGUUGGGAUCUAAUAUUUAAAGUUUUAUUGUAUUUAGCUUCUAAUUCUAUGCUUGGAAUAAGAGAAAUAAUUUCUACUAUUCUUUCAAUUAGAUACUUAGUAUCCUUAAUAAUUAUUAUAAGUUAAAAUUCCAAAAAAGAUGAUAUUAUUUUAAUUAAAAAAUUUUUAUUUUUAAUAGUUCUUAUUAUCAUGUAAAGUUGCCCACUUAUAUUAUUUUUGGAUCUUGGAUAAAUAAUUAAUAUUGAAUUUACUACAAAUAAACUUGAUUUAUUCAUCAUUAUUUGGAUGGAAGAACCAGUAUAAAUACAAUAUAUUUUAUGUAUAUAUAAUGGUCCUUAUGAUUAAAAUUAUUAUUUUAUUGAUAAUACAUAUUUUUGUAUGAUUUAAAUUAUUUAUAAUUAGAUUAAUAAACAUUGUUUGAAUUUGCUUAAAUUAGUUUUUUGGUAUCAGCUUUAGCAUCUCCCUUAGUUAGGUGUGAAUAUUAGUUUUUUCUGUAAAGUUAGAUCAUAUUAUUUGAAAAAUAGAAAGAAGAUGGAUCCAAUUUAUGUUAAAAAUAUAUUUUGGAUAGUUGAAAACAAUUGCAAUAAGUGA